GGAACAGGAAGUCGGCAACGCACGUGUCGGCGUACGAGGACUCUUUCUUCAGCUGCUCCGUUCCUGCUUUCGUGUCCUGGUUGGAGCCAUGAGUCGUCCCGUAACUUGUGUUGCCUGGGUGCCCCAAGGUGUUGCCAAGGAGACGCCAGACAAGGUACAACUUGACAAGGAAGAACUGAAGCGUUUAAUUACUGAAGCUAAAGAGAGAUUGCAGGUAGAGGAUGAGGAUGAUGGUGAUGAUGGAGGUGGACAAGAAGAAACCUCAGGUGACAUGGAUGUUGCUGAUGGUGAGGUAGCCAGCUCUGCUCCCAAAGAUGAGGACACUGAUAAGCUAGAUGAUGAUGAAUUGGCAGAAUAUGACUUGGAUAACUAUGAUGAAGAAAAUGCAGGUACUGAGGGCAUUGGAGAAAUCUUUGCAGGGCUUGCAGUAUAUGGAACUAAUGAAAAUGAUCCAUAUAUCACUAUUAAAGAUACUGAUCAAUAUGAGAAAGAAGACUUUGUGAUUAAGUCAAAUGACAGUCUUGUUGUAUGUGGCAGAGUUGAUAAGGACCACUGUAGCCUAGAAGUUCAUGUGUAUAAUCAUGAAGAAGAUUCCUUCUAUGUCCAUCAUGAUCUUAUUUUAUCUGCAUACCCCUUAAGUGUGGAAUGGAUGAACUUUGAUCCUAGUCCCAAUAGUUCUGCAGGAAAUUAUAUUGCUGUUGGCACAAUGAAUCCUGUUAUCGAAAUAUGGGAUCUUGACAUAGUGGAUUCUUUAGAGCCAGUCUUUUCACUAGGACAUAAGGCAAAAGCAAAGAAAAAGAAAUUAAAGAAGAAUUUAUCCAAAGAAGACCAUCAGGGGCAUACUGAUGCAGUGCUUGAUCUUUCAUGGAAUAAACAUCUCAGAUCUGUCUUGGCAAGUGCCUCAGCUGACCAUUCUGUAAUUCUUUGGGACAUGUCCAGGGGCUCAACAGCAGCAACACUUUCCCUUCACACAGACAAGGUGCAAACACUGCAGUUUCACCCAUUUGAAACACAGACUCUCAUUUCUGGCUCUUAUGACAAAUCAGCCAUUUUAUAUGACUGUAGAAGUCCACAGGACAAUCAUAGAACCUGGAGAUUUAGUGGACAAGUUGAAAGAGUGACUUGGAAUCAUUUUUCACCUCAUCACUUCUUAGCUAGCACAGAAGAUGGAUUUGUAUAUUGUCUUGAUGCUCGUUCCCACAAACCAGUCUUCACAAUGAAAGCUCAUGAGGAAGAAGUGUCUGGACUACAGUUAAGUAGCCAAAUCAAAGGAUGUCUUGUCACAACGUCUUCUGAUAAAUGUGUGAAAAUUUGGGACAUCCUAGGAAACAAGCCUUCUUUGGUCUAUUCCAGAGAUAUGAAAAUGGGUGCCCUGUUUUGUGCAGCUUGCUGUCCAGAUCUGCCAUUUGUCUAUGCCUUUGGAGGAGAGAGGCAGGGAUUACAACUCUGGGACAUAAGCACAAUUUCCACAGUGAAUGAUGUUUUUGGAACUCGACAGAGGCUAGCAGUUACCACAUCAAGUUCUGAAGCAAGUAAUUCUGCUAAUAGCAGUCGCAGCUCUGGAGGAGCUGCAAUGGAAUCAUGAAACAAGUAUACAUGUUUUAAUAAAAAAUACUAAGUAAAUCAAUUUUUUAAACCUACUUUUAAGGUCAUGUUACAUGAAGUUUGGCCUUCAUCUUAAAAUUUUUCUGAGGUGUUAACCAGCUAGAAAUUUGAAUAUGCCAAAGCACAAAAUCACUAGCAAUAUAACAAAUUAAUCUUCUUAACAUAUUCAUUUGUAUUAAAAAAGAUAAACUUAGGCAUUCUGUUUGCACGUAACACUUAAAUCCUUUGACAUUGCCUAUCUGGUUUAAAAGCUAUUUAAAAACCAGCUUUCUGAGAACUUAAAGGAAGCUCUCUAUAUCAUGGAAGGUUUCAAAUGUGUUUUUAACCAGGAUUGGAUACCUUGUGAGAGCAUGAUUCUCUGAUCUUAUAUAAAUAUAUUUAUAAUAUAGGCAUAUGCUAAUUAAUAAAAUCUAAUCUGGCAUAGAUAAAAUAGCUAAGAUUAACAAUAUUGGGUUUUUCUCUCCUCUCCCCCCUCCACAUUUGUAUUCAAUUCUUGGAGAGUGCCUGGUUUGUCAGAAGUAGUUUGCCAUUGUCUCCUUCCUAGGGCUCAGAGAAAGUGACUGGCUCAAGGUCACCCACCUAGCUUGGUGCCCAAAGCGGGACUCGAAUUCAUGGUCUCCCAGUUUCUGAUGCCUUAAUUACUAUAUGAUUCAGACCAUUAAUUUAGAUAUACUUUUACCUAGGAGAACUAUCAAUGUCAGCAUAGUUAAUAUUGGCUGAAGAUCAUAAUGUAUAGAUAAACAAAUUGUUUAAUAAAGAAAAGUUAUGGUGAAAAAGCAAUUUCUACAUACUGGGGAAAAACUCAAAGGAAGAAAAAACAGUACACAGAUUAAAAAGCAGUAUUUUAAUUUUCUGUAAGAAAACAAAUCUUAAUGAUACCUUCAUUCCAUAAAUAUAUUAGCAGCAGAAUUUCCCUUUCAAAAUAAGUGGUUAUCGGUUACAGUAUAGACAAAGUUACAUGAAUAACCUUGUAAAAUUCAUGCUAAAAUUAAGCUUGCAUUUCAAACACAAGCAUUAGCAUGCCUUACUCUGAUUCCCAUACUAUAUUUUUGUUUUCUAAUUCUCUGGAAAUGCUCAGUUGUCAACAAAUGAGCAAAUAAUUCAUUGAUGUACAACAAAUAUCAAUUUAAUGAACUAAGUUAAGCUACAAACUUAUUUCCAAUUAAAAAACACU